AUGUCUGACACCGGUAGUGAUGAUCGUCGUUCCCCAUUUCCUCCCAUACUCCUCCCUCCGCAGGGUGAAAAGAAUAAAGAUAUCGGGACCUCGUUUGGCGGUGUGCCUAUUCAACUUCCUCUUGAAGGUUGUCUAAGUUCUGGAGGUAAGGUCACAUAUCGUACUCCCUUGGCCCAAGCCGCGGGUAGGGGUGUUUUGGAUUCGGUGGGGGCUCCUUACAUUGAGAACGGGGAGAUUAUUGUUCCUAAAGAAGGGGGUCAUCAGAACGCGUAUCGUGAUGUCGGAAUUGUUGCAAUUAAUACAGAAAGUGCAACCGCCCAGGGGUUUCUGAAGUACCUCGAAGCGUGGUCCGGUUCAAAAGCCGCGUCAACCAAGGAAAAGGUCAAACCAACUAUAGACCUGUUGAAAACAAAAGGUGAAGUUAUCGGUAGAUUGGGCUAUACCCUGCACAAACUGUUUGGAGAUGCUGAAGGAGCAAAAGUGUCACGGCCGUCGAACAACUAUUUCUUAAUAGACCGACGGUCGACGAACCUCGGCUAA